ACUGCUACUGAUACUGGUAUUGAUACUGAUGCUGAUAUUUAUAUUGUUACUGAUAUUGAAACUUAUACUGAUACUGGUAUCGAUACGGAUGCUGACACUGCUUCUUUAUUCUUCCUACACUACAACUAUAACAGGCAACUGGCCAAUUCGUCUCAUCCCUUAGAAGAGGACACUUCUGGAGGCUGCCUGAAAAGUAGGUCCGAUUCUGCCAUACUCGAUUUGUAG